CUCCCUUGAGACUUUCUCAUGGCAACUAUUAGCGUCAGUCCGAGUUCCAGCCUGAUGGACGAGCGAGUGGUCAUCUCAGUGGCCGGGCUAGCGUCGCAUUGUCCCGUCACCGUCCGCUCACACGUGACGGAGAUCACCAAGAGAUUCCAGGGCUGGGCUCACCUCAUAGCCGACGAGGACGGCCGUGUUUCACUCGACAAGGAUCCCUCGAUCGGAGGCACAUACAGUGGUGUUGAGCCCAUGGGCCUGUUCUGGAGCCUCCAGCCCUGCCCAGGUCAACAGCUUGGUAUCCGUUUCGCCAAGAAGCACCCUGACAAGCCCGUAGUGGUUAUACUGUCCCUACAUCGCGGCCAUCUUGACGAGACCCAGCUAGCCACGGACGAGCCCAUCCACGUAGCCGUGGCUCACAAGUGGUACAUGCGAGAGACUGAUGUCGACCGUAUCAAGCUGACCGGCCAUGAUUUCAUACGAGGGGUUGUUUACAAACCGAAAGGGCCAGGACCAUUUCCCGCCGUUCUGGACAUGUUCGGUACGGCUGGGGGAUUGAUGGAGUUCCGUGCUGCUUUGCUAGCCUCCCGUGGCUACGCGAGCUACGCUCUGCCCAUCUUCGCCUACGAAGACUUAUCGGAGACUAUGCUCAAUGUCGACUUUGAAUAUUUCGAGGAGGCGUUAAAGUGGUUCGCAGCCCAAUCGUAUGUCCAGCCUGGAGGUAUAGGGAUUGUAGCAUCGUCGAUGGGAGGGUCCAUAGGACUUCAUUUAGCUAUCAAAUACCCGCAGCUUAUUAAGGCUACGGCGUUCGUGUCUUGCCCGCCAUUCAUGCCGAAUGUCACACUCAACUACAGAGGGAAGGCACUACCCUUCGUAUGGUUUGAUACUGAGGCUACUACAUUUGACGAUGAGGGCGUUCUUCACCCGUUGACAGGAUGGCCCGCGGCCCGAGACAUCAAAGACAAAGAAUUCAUUGAGCUGUUCCUUUAA